AUGAAUAUUGGUAAUAAUGAAUCUCUUACCCAUCGAAUUUUCUUCUGGUUAUGUUUACUAUGUGGAUUGAGAGGUGGAGAUAUAUAUCAAAUUCGCCGAAAAGAUCUUGAAUCACGUCAAGAUGGAGGUUUUGAACUUGUAUUACACAAAGAAAAGAAUAAUCAGGGUAGUGCAUUUUAUAGAAAUAUACAUGGAAAAACAGGUUCUUGGCACAUUCCUAUACCUCCUGAUCAACCAAAUAAUCAAUAUACUCCUGUAAAAGACAUUCUUUUAUUUUUAUCCAAACUUCCUGAAUCUACUCUAGUACAAGAUCCUCUGUUUUAUGAAACUUCUAAAAGUAAAAAAGAUCUUGAUAAUGGAAGAAAAAUUACAAAUCAUUCUUGUCGUCAUACUGUAAUUCAACUUUUAAGGAAUAAUGGAGUUUCUGAAUUGGAGCUUCAAUCCUUUUCUGGACAUCAUUCUCGAGAAAGUUUAGCAGAUUAUAGUCAAACUAGUGAAUAUCAACGAAACAUGAAUACUGCAAUGUUAAUUCCUUAUUCUCCACAAGAUUUAGAUGAUGAUUACAUUUCUGAAUGUAUUACUGAAGACGAAUCAGAUAUUGUGGAUAUUGAAUCAAUUCAAUCAACUUUGACCCAAUCACAAAUUCUGAUUAUUGCAUCUUCUAAUGUCAAAAUUCAAGAAACCAAAAAGACAUCUAACACUAAAACUCAAGAAACUCAAGAAGAUAUUUCAAACCAAGUUCAAGACUUUUCAGAUUAA